UAUGUUAAUAUGUUAGUGUUUUUGUAAGUUCUGGGUGCUAUUGAAUCAGGCGAACGAGUCAGUCGGCAUUUAUUAAUAUACAAGUAUGUUGGUGUUUGUUUUGCUGCUAUGCGCUGUUGGAGAGUCGUACACAGAUGUCGUCGGAGCAUCUGAGCCAAUUCCUUUCUCUGGGGAGCGGGAUCAGCUGUUUCCGUCGUCUGCCGAUUUAAUAGCAAGUUUCCGGAACGAAAAACCAACUGCUCCAGAACUACCAGCUGUUAUCCCAUUCAGUUCCGAUGCACCGAGUAAACGAGAAACAGCUCUUCAUUCUAACACAGAUUCAGACACGCCACCUCAUCCGGUACUCAACCGAUCUAUGCACCUACGUGUGGAACUGUUGUUGCCUGAUUUGACCAGGAGCUUCGAAGUUGAAUACCACGCAGAGUCAAACACAGCGCGCACUACAGUGGAGAACUCGUCCAUCAUCUACCGGAAUCCGGAUGGGCAGGGCCACAUUCAAUUCCUUAAGGUUGAAAUAGACACCACAGGCGGAACACCAGUUCGCCAUUGCACAAAAUCCCCCUCACUCCCCGUUAGCCCUGCGGAUAACGCCAUCCCUGGAUUACCUAAUUUGGAGCCCUUCAAGUUUGAGGGCUACAAAACAGAAGAAGGCCGGCUGGUGGAGCACUGGCAAAACUUGCUAGUCGGCAAGCCGGGCGACUACGGCGCCGCUCGUGGCGAAGCUUUGAACUACACGCACGACUUCUACGUUUACAGAGAGGGAGAGGAUGCCGUGCCAAUCAGAUACAAAGUGACAACGGACAGCUCAGUACUCGGCGCCGGUAGCGACACCUACACGCACCGCUACACGGUACUCCCUCCCCCCACCGCCCCCCUCAUGCCUGACGUGACACUCUGCGAUGAUGUGCAGGAAUACCAAGAUGGCCGCCGCCGCAGAGCAAUAUCGCUCAGUAGGGAAGAGUUCAUUUGGCUGAUCAACGCUAAUAAGGAGAAAGUUAUUGAAAAUAAUAAUAACGAUUUUAAGCAGAAAUUACCGGAAAUCGUUUGGUCGUACUAAAUUACAAUAGGUAUUUACUUAAGUCUCAUUUUACACAAACUUUAGCCAUAGAUAAACUAACUAUAAAACUAACAUAAGAUCUCUAAUAAAUCAAUAUUUUUGUCGAAAA